AUGGAGGAGCAUUUUAUGAGAUCCAUGUGGCCUUUUGAAGAGAUAGGUUAUAUGAUGGUGGAUUCAGAAGGAAGUGCAGGAGGGUUGCUAUGUAUUUGGAGGCCACAAGUGUUUGAGCUAAAAGACUGCUGCAGUAGUAAGCACUUCAUUCUACUCUCAAGUACCUUGGCUCAACAUUUUGAUUGUGUGAUUGUUAAUAUAUAUGCUCCAAAUGAGGUGUUGGGGAGGAAGAAGCUAUGGGAUUCCCUUGUGUGCUUACAACCCCAUUUUCCAAAUCCAUGGUGUGUGGGUGGUGAUUUUAACAAAAUCAGAUUAUUGAGUGAGAGGAAAGGGUGUUCAAGAAGAGAGAGGGGGAUGAAGGAGUUCAAUGAGUUUGUGGAACAGUUGGAGUUGUCUGAUUUGCCUAUGUUAGGCAGAAAAUUUACUUGGUGUAAUGCAUUGGAAGGGGAUAGGUGGAGUAGGAUAGAUCGUUUUUUAUUAGACUCCCUUUGGAUGGAAAUUUUUUCAUUUAAUCAAUGGGGAUUACCUAGAACAAUUUCAGACCAUUCUCCAAUUUUGUUGAAGGAAGAUGAUAGGGAUUGGGGUCCUAAGCCAUUCAAAUUCAUUAAUGCUUGGACAUCAUACCCUACAUUCUUGACUGAAAUCAAGCACAUUUGGGAGGUCGCACAGGUUUCAGGAUGGGCAGGGUACAGAUUAAUGAGGAAGCUAUCCUCCUUACGGGGUCACUUAAGGGUAUGGAAUAGGGAGGUGUUUAGUAAUAUUGAUACUAUGUUGAGGUCAGUAGAACAAGAACUACAUGAAUGGGAUUUGAAGGCAGAAAUUAGAUCUCUGGAUAUGCUGGAAACAAUAAGAAGGAGAGAGGUUAGAAGUCAGGUAUGGAAGCUUAGUAGGGAUAAGGAAAGAAUAUGGCAUUAA